GGUGUCCGGCUGUGCCAGGGUUUAGGUGAUGAGGAUCCACCUUACCUCGCUGGGAAUUAUUGUUCCUGUUUCUCUUUCCUGAGAAACCUCAUUUUCUUUUCUAUUCCUACCCAUAUUUGGGCAAUAUAUUUAUCCCAGACUCCUGGGAGGCAAGGCUCAGUAAGUUGUAAGCUUUGGUGGCUCUUAAUAACCCCAACAACAACAUCUUGUUCCUGUAAGUCAACAACAAGUAUCCUGAAGAAGCAACUUUGUGACGUCAAGGUUUGGAUACUUGGCAUGUUUUUCUGAGCAGACCUGAAGCUUGAGUACACCUGUACAGUGUUCGUGUGCACAGCUGACUUGCUGAGUCUCCAGCAUGGGAACACCAUCACAAAGAAGAGCCUGCUGGGUGUACCCAGCCAUUGUUAUGGUUGUUGAGGGAAGACAGCGAGGAAUAUGCAAGUCAUUGAUCUAAACACAUUGGAAAAUUACACUGGGUGUUUCUUAAAAAUACAACCCCUCUUUAAAGAUAAAAAAGAUGAAUUCAAGAUUGAAAUGCAGAAGAAUCUGGCAGCUUCUGCCAAUCCUUAUAAAAUGAGUUUAGUGGGUGUUAAGCUGUCCCCCAACUUGUAUAAGUGUAAAACAAAUUCAAUGGCAGCAAAUAUACUUGUAGAACUUCAACAUUUUAUAAAUCAGGAAGAUAACAAAGAUAAAUUUGAGUCAUGUUUAAGUCAAGAGCUACAAAAAGAAGCAUUCCAAGUUGCAAUUAGACAAAAAAACUCCGGCUUGUUAAAACUCAUGGUAAAGGUUUACCAGUUGGUAAACAUACGAGAGCAUCUUCUUCCUUUUGUAAAGGACUUACAAGACAAAGGUCAUCUCAAAGAGGUGUGCACACUAGCUACUCUCCUCAGCCUCCAGCCAGAAUUUUCUACAGCUGAGCUGAUUGUACCCUUGUUCCUUCAAGAUCGCUUAUCAUUAGCAGAUGAUUUUCUGGAAACGAGCCCCUCCCAUAAGAAAGAAAUUUUGAUCUUUAUUGAUAACCUGAUUGGAAAGAAAAUAACAAGUGUAGAUUUGGAAAAAUACAAUGUUAAAGAUCUGAAGAAAAUGAGAUCCAGUAAACAAUUGUGUAAUAUUGUUGCUAGACUGCUGAAAAGGUUUACAGUUGAUCCUUCGGUUUGUCCUCACUUCCAGAAACACCGAGCUACAGGAGGAUUACGUUUUUUAUUUUAUAAAUAUUAUGUGGAGAAAACUAUUCAGAAGCAGACAUUUUGCAGCUUAGUGGAUGAUGCAUUAAAAGAGCAUCCAUACCUUAAAAUUACCUUGAUGCACCUUUUCAUUGAAUACUGUGAUCUAGCAGCAGCUUUACCGUAUGUAGCUAAACUGCAGCUUGCAUCACAAGAUAUUCCAAAGAAGAUAAAAGAUACAAUGUUGCAUUUCCCAGAGCUUUUAAAUCAGAACCAGCACCAGGACCAUAACCUCAAACAUACUCAAGAAGAAGAAAUGUGGGAUGAAAGUAGUGAAGAAUUUUACCCACUCAGUAUACCGUUUGAGAAAGUUUUUCUCAUUGACACAGUUGAUGGCUUAGAGAAAUGUACCAAUGAUUUGUUAACCAGUCCACUGUUGGGUGUGGAUUCUGAAUGGAAACCAACAUUUGGAGUUGGAGCUCAAGAACAAGCAGCACUGCUACAGUUAGCCACAACUACACAGGUAUUUCUGUUGGAUCUCAUAUCACUCCAGCCAGUACUGAAAGACUGUCACUGGCGGCCUAUUGGUGAGUUGUUUUCAGAUCCCCAGGUUACAAAACUUGGAUAUGGUAUUAGGGGAGAUUUCAGAGUUCUUGAUAAUCUUAAUGCAGAAAUAAAAAAGGGAUUGUCUAGUGCUAAAAAUGUUAUUGACUUGGAUCACACUAAAGGAAUACUUCUGAAAGAAUAUCCUAAUAUUUUUUCCCACAGUGAUUCUGGUUUAUCACAUAAGGGAUUAAGUGAAUUGGUAUAUCGGUGUUUUGGGUUACCACUUGAUAAGAGAGAGCAGUUUUCAAAUUGGGCUGCAAGACCUCUUACUAAAUCACAAAUCAUGUAUGCUGCCAUCGAUGCCAGAUGUCUCAUUGAUACUCAUACAUAUUUGAGUAAUCAUGCUCAAGAUCUUCAUAUUGCAGACUGGAAAAAUAUAAAGAGUAAUGUUAUAAUUAAACCAGAAAAGAAAAAGAAGUCCCUAAAACAGUCUGAUGCCAAUCAAGCCAAUGCUGAAUUAAAGGAUGUGAAAAUGAAGGGCCCAAAUUGUGCAGCAGACAUUAAAUUUGUUUGUGAUACCAUGGUACAGGGUUUAGCAAAGCAACUUCGUUCUUGUGGGAUUGAUACAGAAGUAUUAGACACUGGCAAGAGUUGUGAUCAUUGCAUUAAGUAUUAUGAGAGAGAGAAGAGAGUGGUUCUAACCCGUGGUAGCUCUUACACACGAUUACGCAAGUACAUCCCUGCUGAAUACGUGUAUAAUGUUCAAAGUGAGGUGAGUAAAUAAAGCAAAAUAUUUUUUUUUUUUAAAUGGGCCAUUUGUUUCCUAGCAGUCUUUCAAGAAUAGCACAAGCAUCAUGGCCCACCGAAGACCCACUGAACUGAGAAGUACAGUCACCAUAUUUUCCACCUCCAAAACUCUCAAGUCCAGCUAAUACAUAACACAGAAUUCCCUCCACCAGUAUGUUUAGUGACAAAGAACACUCUUCUUCACUUACUUUGAUCUAUCAUACUUGUACAUGGAUGCUGAAUGUAAUGUAAUGUACCUGUUUCACAUCCUCCUGAUUUAUAUAUGUACUAUCCUGAUUAACCUCUCUUGCUUUAUGCUUCCUACAUGACCAAACCCCUUCAACAACCCCCUCUUCUGCUCUUUUGAAUGAACCCUUUCACUGUCUCUCAAAUAUAUCUACAUUAUUGAUGCCAGUGUCACAGAAUUAUGCACAGAUAACCCACACAUAUGAGAUGGGAGUUUAUGACGACGUUUCGGUCUGACUUGAACCGUAACAAAGUCGCACUAACAGAAAGUGUGACUUUGUAAGUGAUCCAGGUCGAACUGAAACAUUGUCACAAGCUCCCCUCUCCUACGUGCGGGUUAUUUGUUUAUCAUUCUAGUCAUGGUAUUGUGCCUUCUUGUUAUUCACAUAGAAUUACAUUUUAAGCACAGCACUCAAAUAUGCUGUGAGUGGUAAAAUUUAAAUUGGACUUGAGGGAAUAGGUCUGUGCAGUGGGUGGGCAUAGUAUUAAAAAAUUGUGCCCCACACAGUGCAUGAUGGGGAAAACAAACCUCUUACUUUAUGUUAAGUUUAAAACCUCUCACUGUGUGUUAAGUUUAAAACCUUUCACCUUGUGUUAGAAUUUAAAUAGCUACCCUAAGGUGUUUUCUAGGAUAAUUUUUAUGGUUUUAUUGGCUAUUUCUUGCUAUCAAAUAAUGGAAUGGAAGGCAUACUAGUGAACUGAAGAUGAUUUUGGUUGGUUUCAGACUCGAGAUAGCAGAAAUAUUUGAUUUUUUGCAAUUUUUCCUGAGGAAAGCUAAGGCCCCAUACUUCCUCUCCCCCAGUCUGUUUUAUGUUUUUUUACUAGCUCUGCUUCAAAUAUUGGGAUGGCCUAAACCAUGAUCAAUUAUUCUUGGUUAUAAGAAGGCCCCACUUUAUGAUGCUUCACGUUACGGUGAUUCUCUAAUACAGACAUUUCAAAUUAUACCCCAAAAUUCAUUUAUACUGCUCCUGAUUUGCUAUUACAGCAUCUGUGCAUCACCUGUUCACUCUCUGUUUACAUUUUCCUUAAGCUUAGCUUCUCUCCCAAUUAUGUCUGGAAACUUUCCAAAGUUUCAAGUGUUUUAAAGUUAUUGCUUAUUUUAUACAGUGGACCCCCGGUUAACGAUAUUUUUUUCACUCCAGAAGUAUGUUCAGGUGCCAGUACUGACCGAAUUUGUUCCCAUAAGAAAUAUUGUGAAGUAGAUUAGUCCAUUUCAGACCCCCAAACAUACACGUACAAAUGCACUUACAUAAAUACACUUACAUAAUUGGUCACAUUCGGAGGUAAUCGUUAUGCGGGGGUCCACUGUAUAUGUAUACUCCUUUUUGUGUUCCAGUGACAUCUAAGGGUAGUUGUGAUAAAAAGAGGACUUGUAAGUCUUUUACUUAAAGUGCAAAGUUAGAAAUUAUUAAAUUCAGCAAGGUAUGUCUAUGGCUGAGAUUGUAUUGAGAUACUACUGAUAAUUGUACUUACGUGUACCUGUACCUAAAUAAACUUACUACUGUGUUGGCUUGCAGGUACAUUAAAAUUACUAUUUGGCAUUGUUACAGAGUAGGAGUAGCUAUG